CAGAAGGACCAGAGCAGUGCCCUGCCCAGCAGACCCUGAAGGCUUACGUCAGAGUCACUGGCUUGCAUGAGCCCAACGCUGAAUGACCAAGACCCUAUGGAGGUUCAGUGCUCAGAGGAGGACCCAGGACCUAGGAUCUUCAGAACAGAUCUGGAAGACCAGCAGCAACCCAUUUCUUGGGCUGGAUGCUGGUGCUGCCUGCGACGUGGCUGUGCAGUACUGGGAGCCCUGGGGCUGCUGGCUGGAGCAGGUGUUGGCUCAUGGCUGCUAGUGCUCUAUCUGUGGCCAGCUACCUCCUUGCCAAUCGCUGGGACCUUGCAGGAGGAGACAACUCCAAGCUGCCCAGGGACCAACAGUGAGGAAGCACUGCUCCCACCACUUCCCAAAACAGUGUCUUUCAGAAUAAAUGGCAAGGACCUCUUGCUUGAAGUACAACGAAGGGCUAGGCCAGACUGGCUCCUGGUCUGUCAUGAGGGCUGGAACUCUGCCCUGGGGGAGCACAUCUGCCAGAGUCUUGGGCACCUCAGACUCACUCAGCACAAGGCAGUGAAUGUGUCUGACAUCAAGCUCAAUGGAUCCCAGGAGUUUGCUCAGCUCUCUGCUAAACUGGAAGACCUCCUAGAGGAGGUGUGGCAGCCCAGAGCUAACUGUACUUCCGGUCGAAUUGUUUCCCUCAAGUGCUCUGAAUGUGGGGCAAGGCCCCUGGCUUCUCGAAUAGUUGGCGGGCAGGCUGUGGCUCCUGGGCACUGGCCAUGGCAGGCUAGUGUGAUGCUUGGCUCCCGGCACACAUGUGGUGGUUCUGUGCUGGCACCCCACUGGGUGGUGACUGCUGCCCACUGCAUGUACACUUUCAGGCUGUCCCGUCUGUCUAGCUGGCGGGUUCAUGCAGGGGUGGUGAGCCACAGAGCUAUCCGACCACACCAGGGGACUAUGGUGGAGAAGAUCAUCCCCCACCCCUUGUACAGCGCUCAGAACCACGACUAUGAUGUUGCCCUCCUGCGGCUCCGGACACCACUCAACUUCUCAGACACUGUGGGUGCCGUGUGCCUGCCGGCCAAGGAGCAGCACUUUCCAAUGGGCUUGCAGUGCUGGGUGUCUGGCUGGGGCCACACCGAUCCCAGCCAUACUCACAGCUCGGACACGCUGCAGGAUACGGUGGUGCCCCUACUCAGUACCCAGCUGUGCAAUAGCUCGUGCAUGUAUGGAGGGUCCCUUACACACCGUAUGCUGUGUGCCGGCUACCUGGACGGGAGGGCUGAUGCAUGCCAGGGAGACAGUGGGGGUCCCUUAGUGUGUCCAGAUGGGGACACGUGGCACCUGGUGGGCGUGGUCAGCUGGGGUCGUGGCUGCGCAGAGCCUAAUCAUCCAGGUGUCUAUGCCAAGGUAGCUGAGUUCCUCGACUGGCUCCACAGCACUAUGCGGGUCCACUAGCAGCCGGAGGAGCAGUCACUGCCACUGAUGAAGAAUUGUGAUCUCCCGUGCAAGAUGGUCCCCAGCCAUGGGCUAGUAACUGGACCACUGGGCCUUUCUCCUUAGGCUCUGAUUUCUAGUCUUUCUUACUCAUCCGAGAGACUCCACAACAGAAGAGAUGCUGAGGCUGAGUUGGGAAUGAUGGAGUGGGGGAAGAGGGGAGAGUCUAAAGAGGUUGCUGAAAGCAGCUGGGCGUCUGCCCCUCUCCCUUCUCCUCUUCCCCUCCUGUUGUGGGAGGAUAUUCGAGGUACCUACCCUAUCUCUGCCUUCUCCUGGGCCCCCAGGAGGGCUAAGCUUCCCCCUAGUUCAAGGGUUCCUGGGUAGAUGAGGUCAAAGUUGGACCAGCUCAGGUGAAGCCCAUGGGAGUCAGGAUCCUCCCCACUGUCCCACUGGUCCCAUUCUGACCUGUUUGUGGGGUGCUGCAUGAGGCAGGGGACUGUAAGACAAGGAGGUUGGAGUUGAGCUGGGGUUCUGUUUUUAAAAUGAUAGUUCUAUGAACUGGU